AUGGUAGAUAAGGCUAUAGUUAACAACAAUUUUAAAACUAGUAAGUUGUAUUUUCAGCUGAUGAACAGAGAUAAGGUGCCUUCGGCUGCUGUUAUUUGGUGUAGCUUGUCCUUGCCUAAAUACAGGUUUAUUCUUUGGCAAGCAUCCUUGAAGCACCUAUUAACCAGGGACAAUUUAGUGAAAUGCCAUCUGCAGUUGUCUUCUUGCUUGUGUCCAAUUUGUGAAAUGCAUCAAGAAUGUCAUGAGCACUUAUUUUUCCAAUGUCAAUUUGCUGCUCAAGUUAGGAAAGGUGUGGCUAGCUGGCUGGGCAGGUUGAUCUGGCCUACUUGUUUCCAGGAUUGGAUUCGAUGGAUGGAGGGGAAGCCGAAGACUCUGCAGCAGAAGAUAGUUGCUGCUGGGCUAGCUGCCUCUGUGUAUCUGAUUUGGUGGAACAGAAACCAGUGUGUUUUUAAUUCCUUUUCGUUUUCUGUUUGCAAGGUUGUAUCUAUGAUUCAAGAUAGUAUUAAGGCUAGAGUUGUUAGUUUGUCUAAGGCUAAUCUGAAGAACAAUGACAUUACUUUUCUUAGAAACCAAAAGUUGUUGUAA